UGUCUCUAAGGAUUUGUACCCAGCAACGAGGAGGGAGCUUAAAAGUAGGAGACACAGGAGCUCUGCAAAGGGCCUAUUUUAAAAAGAAAGAAAGGCGGGGGGCAGGAGGUCUAGUCGACCUUUUUAGGAUAACUCCGAGGGAAAACUAAUCGAGAGGAAAGUCGCGCCUUCGCCUCUGGUAGAAUCUCCGGAUCAGAAGACGGCCGAGCGCAACGCACAAGGAUGGAUAGUGGCAGCGCGCUCUCACGCCGGCAUCUCUUGGCACUUAAUUCCGCCCGGCUCUCAGAGGGGCGGAUGCAGCUACAGCCGAGCACUCCUCCUAACCAAUAAGAAGCCAGAACUCCCCGCCCGUCUCUGAUUUAGACCAAUCAGGAUCCAGGACUUUAGCUUGCGACCGGCGUCUCUGUUGUCUGAGAAGGAAAGCCGACCCCUAGGAGUUGCCAGUAACGGGCAUGGCUGCAGUCCUUGGAGGAGGGGAUGUGAAGUGAGGAGGGGGCAGGGAGGGGAGAGGACGCAGGCGAAGAAGGACACCCCGGGCCCUGAUGCCGUGACUACAGCAGAGUCCCUGGGGUUCGCACAUGUUUCGGAGGAGCCUUCCUUUUGGGGGUGACCGCCGUCCUCUGGGCAUGCCUGCAGUAGCCUGGGCCCAUGGACGCGAAGGAGACGCACGCGGGCGAGCCAGCCUUGGGCCUGGGCCUGUCCACCCGGAAGGCCCUCAGCAUCCUGAAGGAGCAGCUGGAGGCAGUACUGGAGUGUCACCUGAAGGAGCGGAAGGAGUGUCUCACGUGGAAGGAGAUGUGGAGAAGCAGCUUCCUGCACCAUGGUAACCGCUGCUCCUGUUUCCACUGGCCCGGCGCCUCGUUCAUGCUCCUGGCUGUGCUGCUGCUGCUGGGCUGCUAUGGGGGCCAGCCGGCCGGCAGCCACGGGGUGGAGCUGGUGAACGCCUCCGCACUGUUCCUCUUGCUGCUCCUCAACCUUGUCCUCAUCGGGCGGCAAGAUCGGCUGAAGCGUCGGGAGGUAGAACGGAGACUCCGAGGGAUCAUUGACCAAAUCCAGGAUGCCCUCAGGGAUGGCAAGGAGGUCAAGUGGCCAGAUGCCCUGUACCCAGACCUCCACAUGCCCUUUGCGCCGUCCUGGUCCCUGCACUGGGCCUACAGAGACGGACAUCUGGUCAACCUGCCCGUUAGCCUGUUGGUGGAAGGAGACAUCAUAGCUCUGAGGCCCGGCCAAGAAUCCUUUGCUUCUCUGAGGGGCAUCAAGGACGACGAGCACAUCGUCUUGGAGCCGGGGGACCUGUUUCCCCCUUUCUCUCCACCCCCCUCCCCCCGGGGAGAGGUGAAGAAGGGGCCACAGAACCCGCAGCAGCACCGGCUCUUCCGCGUCCUCGAGACCCCUGUGAUUGACAAUGUCAGGUGGUGCCUGGACAUGGCCCUGUCCCGCCCAGUCACCGCUCUGGACAAUGAGAGGUUCACAGUGCAGUCAGGGAUGCUGCACUACGCUGUGCCUGUGGUCCUGGCCGGCUUCCUCAUCACCAACGGCCUGCGCUUCAUGCUGCACGCCCCCGGCGUCACCACCUGGCAGUACACCCUCCUCCAGCUGCAGGUGAACGGUGUCCUGCCCGUCCUGCCCCUGCUCUUCCCGGUCCUCUGGGUCCUGGCCACCGCCUGUGGAGAAGCCCGCGUCCUGGCCCAGAUGAGCAAGGGCUCCCCCAGCUCCCUGCUGGCCAAGUUCUCGGAGGACACCCUGAGCAGCUAUACAGAAGCCGUCUCCUCUCAGGAAAUGCUGCGUUGCAUUUGGGGCCACUUCCUGCGGGUGAUCCAGGGGACGUCGCCAACGCUGAGCCACAGCUCCAGCCUGCUGCACAGCCUGGGCUCCGUCACGGUCCUCUGCUGUGUGGACAAACAAGGGAUCCUGUCGUGGCCAAACCCCAGCCCGGAGACCGUGCUGUUCUUCAGCGGGAAGGUGGAACCCCCGCACAGCAGCCACGAGGACCUCACGGAUGACCUGUCCACCCACUCCUUCUGCCACCCCGAGGUCGAGGAGGAGCCCCAGGAACGAGACGCCCUCCUGGCCGGCCCCCUGAACGCUACCCUACACCUUCCCCAUGAGCAGGAGCACAGCGACUGGCCCGGCGACAGCGCCAAGCCCCCUGAAGCCUACCCCCACCACAAAGCCCAUGGCCGCAGCAAGCACCUGUCUGGCUCCAAUGUGAGCUUCAGCAGGGACACAGAAGGCGGUGAAGAAGACGCCGGCAAGACCCCGCGCGGGCUGGAGGCCGAGCCCUACGAGGCCGAGGACUUCGUGUGCGACUACCACCUGGAGAUGCUGAGCCUGUCCCAGGACCAGCAGAACCCCUCCUGCAUCCAGUUCGAUGACUCCAACUGGCAGCUCCACCUCACCUCGCUCAAGCCCCUGGGCCUCAACGUGCUGCUCAACCUGUGCAACGCCAGCGUCACCGAGAGGCUCUGCCGGUUCUCGGACCACCUGUGCAACAUCGCGCUGCAGGAGAGCCACAGCGCCGUGCUGCCCGUGCACGUGCCCUGGGGCCUGUGCGAGCUCGCCCGCCUCAUCGGCUUCACUCCCGGGGCCAAGGAGCUCUUCAAGCAGGGGAACCACCUCGCGCUCUACCGCCUCCCCAGCGCCGAGACCAUGAAGGAGACGUCCCUGGGGAGGGUGUCCUGUGUCACCAAGCGGCGCCCCCCGCUGAGCCACAUGAUCAGCCUCUUCAUCAAGGACACCACCACCAGCACAGAACAGAUGCUGUCCCACGGCACGGCCGACGUGGUCUUAGAGGCCUGCACAGACUUCUGGGACGGAGCCGACAUCUACCCGCUUUCGGGUUCUGACAGAAAGAAAGUGCUGGAUUUCUACCAGCGAGCCUGCCUGUCUGGUUACUGCUCGGCCUUCGCCUACAAGCCCAUGAGCUGCGCCCUGUCCUCCCAGCUCAACGGCAAGUGCAUCGAGCUGGUGCAGGCGCCCGGCCAGAGCAGCAUCUUCACGAUGUGUGAGCUGCCCAGCACCGUCCCCAUCAAGCUGAGCGCCCGCCGCGGCAGCUGGAGCUCAGAUGAAGGGAUCGGGGAGGUGCUGGAGAAGGAAGACUGCAUGCAGGCCCUGAGCGGCCAGAUCUUCAUGGGCAUGGUGUCCUCCCAGUACCAGGCCCGGCUGGACAUCGUGCGCCUCAUCGACGGGCUGGUCAACGCCUGCAUCCGCUUCGUCUACUUCUCUCUGGAGGAUGAGCUCAAAAGCAAGGUGUUUGCCGAAAAGAUGGGCCUGGAGACGGGCUGGAAUUGCCACAUCUCCCUCACGCCCAACGGCGACAUGCCCGGCUCUGAGAUCCCCCCCUCCAGCCCCAGCCACGCUGGCUCCCUGCAUGAUGACCUGAACCAGGUGUCCCGAGACGAUGCGGAAGGGCUCCUCCUCCUGGAAGAGGAGGGCCACUCAGACCUCAUUAGCUUCCAGCCCACAGACAGCGACCUCCCCAGCUUCCUGGAGGACUGCAACCGGGCCAAGCUGCCCCGGGGCAUCCACCAGGUGCGGCCCCACCUGCAGAACAUCGACAACGUGCCCCUGCUCGUGCCCCUCUUCACCGACUGUACCCCCGAGACCAUGUGCGAGAUGAUCAAGAUCAUGCAGGAGUAUGGAGAGGUGACCUGCUGCCUGGGCAGCUCUGCCAACCUGCGCAACAGCUGCCUCUUCCUGCAGAGUGACAUCAGCAUUGCCCUGGAUCCCCUGUACCCGUCGCGCUGCUCCUGGGAGACCUUCGGCUACGCCACCAGCACCAGCAUGGCCCAGGCCUCGGACGGCCUGUCUCCUCUGCAGCUCUCCGGGCAGCUCAACAGCCUGCCGUGCUCCCUGGCCUUUCGCCAGGAGGAGACCAUCAGCAUCAUCCGGCUCAUCGAGCAGGCUCGGCACGCCACCUACGGCAUCCGCAAGUGCUUCCUCUUCCUGCUGCAGUGCCAGCUGACUCUUGUGGUCACCCAGUUCCUCUCUUGCCUCGUCCAGCUGCCACCAAUCCUGAGUACCACCGAUAUCCUGUGGCUGUCAUGCUUUUGCUAUCCUCUGCUCAGCAUCUCUCUGCUGGGGAAGCCCCCCCAUAGCUCCAUCAUGUCUAUGGCAACGGGGAAAAACCUGCAGUCCAUUCCUAAGAAGACCCAGCACUACUUCCUGCUCUGCUUCUUGCUCAAGUUCAGUCUCACCAUCAGCUCGUGCCUCAUCUGCUUUGGCUUCACGCUGCAGAGCUUCUGCGACAGCUCCCGGGCCCGCAACCUCACCAACUGCUCCUCCAUCAUGCUGCCCAGCCACGCCGACACGGCUCCAGCCUGGUUUGACGACCUCGCCAACGGGCUACUGCCAGCUCAGAAGCUCGCCGCCGCCCUGACCGUCCUGCACACUGUCUUCAUCUCUGUCACCCACGUGCAUCGCACCAAGCCCCUGUGGAGAAAGAGCCCCCUGACCAACCUCUGGUGGGCCGUGACGGUGCCCGUGGUGCUGCUGGGCCAGGUGGUACAGACGGCAGUGGACCUGCGGCUGUGGACACACAGGGACAGCCGCGUCCACUUUGGCCUAGAGGACGUGCCUCUGCUGACGUGGCUCCUGGGCUGCCUCUCCCUCGUCCUCGUGGUGGUCACCAACGAGAUCGUGAAGCUGCACGAGAUUCGGGUCCGGGUCCGCUACCAGAAGCGACAGAAGCUGCAGUUUGAAACGAAGCUGGGCAUGAACUCCCCCUUCUGAGCCACUGGCCGUGGCGGCCACAGUUGCCCUGGUCCCUGGAGCUCAAGCCAGGCCCGUUUCUGAGUCUGGGGAAUUGAUAUCAUGAAUGUUUCAGGGUUUGCUCUCGCACCCCACGCCAUCGGAGGCCUGGCUCCCGUCCUGUCCCCAGGGGCUUACAGAGAAGCUGAGCUGUGGCCCCGGUGUCAGGACAGUCUGGCCCUUCCCUGGGCCUCGCCAGGGGGAGACCCCUGGGCUCUUGAAUGUAUGACCUCAUGUGCUUAAUAGAGGGGCCGCCCCCUUUAGGGCCCCCUAACCCAGCGCCCUGGGCCCGGCCCGGACCGAGCGCUGCGGGGCCUGAGCUUUAGCCAUUUGCGGGAGAGCAGUGGCAGCAGCCGUGGGAGGUCUGAGUGACUGUUCAGGUCCCUGUAAAGGCGGGGGCGGGGGGGCUGCGUAUCCCCCCCCCCAGGUCCCCUCUCCCUGUCUUCCUGGGGCAGGGCCGGGCCUCGCCCUGAGUACUUUUGUCCCUUGCUCUGCGGGGGAGGCUCACGCUGGGACCCGAAGGUGGAGCAGGGUCCCCCCUGCCUCCCCGGGAACCUCCUCCUGUGCCUGCCCUCAGGCCUGGGGAUACGGCCCAGGGCUCCUUUUAGCCCCCUGCCCCAGUUAUCCUGUGAGAAUGUUUUUACUGGUGUAUAUUUUUUACUGGAAAUGAGCCUUUUAGGAAUGAAUGUGGACUGGUUUAUAUUAAAACUUCUAAACCGCUUAAGAAAAAAACCUGGGGCUGGUCCAUGAGGCAGCCCCUGCGGGGCCCACCCAAGGCUUCGGCCGGUGGGCGAGGGAGUCCCGACGGCGGGGACCCGGGCCUUCCUCCUCGCACGUCGGUGGGAGCGCUCAGGUCCGGCUCAGGCUUGACCCCUGGGCUCAGAGGUCCGUGGCACAGAUCCAAACACACAGCCCGAUCACGUGGAAUGACACUUUUCAUUGGUGUUAGUUGGGGGAAGAGGUUAAUGGUUACAGAGCUGGGGCUUGGGCCCACCAGGUCAGGCUCCCAGCCCUGAGGUGGCCAGUGGGUGCUCUUGCUGUGGUCCCAAGCCCCUCCCCCACUGCGUCCUCUCAGGCGGUUAUAGAUAGAAUAAAUUCCUUUUAAAAUAUAUGCAUUUCUCUCUGCUUAAAAAAUAACAUUUACAGUUGAAAA